AUGAAUAUGAUAUACGUUAAUUAGGCUUAAAAACCUAAAUAAUCAAUAGCCAAAAGAUCUACAAGUGGCACUAACAGAUCGCCAUUUGUAAAAAUUCAACAAGAAUAACAUUAUUAAGAACCUAUUCCUACAAGAUAAGAAUAAAUUUAUAAAAAGACUUGCGAAGACCUAAGAUAAAAAAUAAAAACCUUUAAUUAAUUAUAAAGGUGCAAUGUUAUUCUCUUUGGUCCUAGUGGCUCUGGAAAGUCAUCUUUAAUAAGGACAUUUAAUACUAGUUUAAAUUAAAUACAAACAUUACCAGAAAUGUUAUGUAUUAAAGAUCUAUUACAUAAUGAGGGAACAAAACAUUUCUAAAGCAUAAAUCUUCUUUAGUCAAAAGAAAAUAAGAUAUUUUCAAAAAUGAAUUCAUAUUUAAUUUAAAAUUGCGAAAUCAAUAUCCUAGACACUCGAGGAUAAAUUCACUUAAGUUCAAAAGAAAAUAAGCAAGUUGAGCUUAUGCUAGAAGGGAAGGUAAAAAAUAUGAGUCUGGUUGAAUAGAGAACAUAUAGGUAUGCUUAUAAAUUAUGGGAGUUCUGGAAAUAAGAUUGUGAACUAUUUCCUUAAGAAAUUAUUAGUUGUGGAACCUACAUCCCUCACUAGGUUUUAAUAGUUUUUGAUGGCAGUUUAGAUAAGGUACCUAAUGGGAAAGAAGAGACUGAAUUUUAUUAACAAAUAUUAGGUCUUGUGAAAUAAAAGGGCUACGACAAUCCAUUCAUAAUUUUAACUUAAUUGGAUAAAUUAGAGUAUAAAUUUAGACAUCAUGCUGAUUAUUAAUUAUAUGUUGAUUGUAGAAUAGAAUCAAUUGUUUAAUCUCUAAAAAUUCCAAGAGAAAGCGUUUUUUUUAUUGAAAAUUAUCAUGGACAAUAAUAAAGUUCAGAACUUGAUUAUUAAGCACUGAGACUAUUGUACGAAUGCUUAUAAUAAGCAUCUAAAUAUCAUAUUUAAAGUGUAGAAUGUAAAUUUUUUUGA